UUUCUUUCUUUCUUUUCUUUUCUUUUCUUUUUUUUUUUUUUCUUAGCGAAACCUCAAAUCCGCCCGAGAAUCGAUCGUAUCUUCAGUUGACAAUCCUAGAACAGGCAGUAUGCGUGGUCUGAACAAUAUUGCUGUUGCCCUAGCGUUGUCGGCUAUAUGGUCUUUUGGUCUGGAUCUUGGACGUCAUGGCACGAGUGGCUCCUCGCUAUUGUUGGCGCUAUUUCGAACCUUGUGCAAAGCGUAUCCAUUCGUCGUUAUCAGUCACUUCGUUUGGUCUGCAAUCAUUUGGCCUACUUUCUUUUCACCUUUACGUCAACUGCCCAAUGUUCCAAGUGAUGGUUGGUUGAGCAAAGAAACACUGAGGUUGGUCAGUGAGCCACGAGGUGUUCCACAAAGCGACUGGAUCAAUUCAUUGUCCAAUAGGCCAGUCGACUUGGCCCGCUACCGCAGUUUCCUGGGCUUCGAACGGUUACUCAUAAUCUCCCCCAAAGCCCUGGCCGAGGUCCUGACUACCAAGAGUUAUGAUUUCCGAAAACCAGGCCUUAUUGUGUCUGAGCUGAAACAAGCUACAGGAAUGGGAGUUCUGCUCGCUGAAGGUAGUGAGCAUAAAUCUCAGAGAAAGGCUUUACAGACAGCUUUCAACUAUCGGCACAUAAAAAAUCUCUAUCCUGUUUUCUGGGAUGUUGCGGGAGAGUUUGCGACAGUUCUCGAAAAGCAGAUACCUACUGGAACGCCGCGGACCUCAGAUACAACGGCAGUCAUAGAUAUCGUUGACUGGGCUAGCAGAGCUACGUUGGAUAUCAUCGGCAGGGCUGGCAUGGGCCAGGGGUUCGAUGCCAUCCAGAAUGACGAUAGCAGGCUGCACCAAGCGUAUCGUAUGAUAUUUGAACCAUCUCGGGGAGCUAUCUUCCUCGCUCUCCUGAGACUCAUUUUCCCCGAGCGGCUAGUGAACUGGCUUCCAUUACGACGAAACAAGCGGAUGCGCCAUGGCAUACAGGUCAUCCGCUCCAAGUGUCAGGAACUCAUUCGCGAAAGAAAAGAAAAAAUCAAACGCCAAAAAGCUGGAGUUGAUAACUCUGGAAAUGAUAUCCUCACCGUGGCUCUCUUGAAUGGUGUAUUCACUGAUGAACAGUUGAUCGAUCAACUCAUGACCUUUCUUGCCGCUGGACACGAGACAACAGCCACGGCUCUAACUUGGGCUAUCUAUAUUCUCUGCAAGCAGCCUGAGGUACAAAAUAGGUUGCGAGAAGAGAUAAGAAUGCAUUUCCCCAAUCCCAAAGGUUGGCCAAGAUCCGAAAGACCCAGCUCAAAUACUCUUCAACAAGCCAUUGACUUCAAACUGCCAUAUUUGAAUGUAGUGUGUCUCGAAGUUAUGCGGUACUUCGCCCCUAUACCACUCACAAUGCGAGAGGCAACGUGUGACACAACCAUUCUUCAUACAUUUGUACCUGCUGGCACCAGAAUAAUUCUGGCACCGCGGGUUACGAACCGCGACUCUGCUCUUUGGGGCCCCGAUGCGAAUAACUUCAAUCCCGACCGUUGGUUAUCACCCAAGAACGGGAAUCGAGAGGCCACUGAGCAGUCCAAGUUUAAAAUAGGGAAUCAAAAACGAGAUUCAACUGCUGCACCAGAAGUCACCCAAGAGGAAGUCCGUGGUCGAACUGAGGCACGGAGCAACUAUGCUGACUUGACAUUCCUACAUGGACCGCGUAGCUGUAUCGGGCAGUCAUUCGCCCGGGUCGAGUUUGCUAUUCUAUUAGCUACUCUAAUUGCGAAUUUUGAGUUUCAGAUUGAAGACGAAAGCCUGCUGGACGAAAGAAAUAUCAGCAUCAGUAGAGGGGCAACGUCUAGGAUAGUUGGAGGCUUGAAGGUUAGAGUGAGGCCAAUAGCCGUUGUAUAGCGCUGGUAAUGGCAAGUUUGAUGUUCUGAGAUUGAUUUUCUUUCUGUUAUAAUGAUGGUGUUGAUGACGACGACUGACGCACUCAUUAUCAUCUGAACCUCAUCCUGAAGAUCUCUAUACCACCCUCUCAACCGAACCCGUUAAUUCAUCCAAUGCUUUGCAUACACUUUUCCACUUCAUCUCUAAAGUAGUUCAAGAUGAACCUCCGGUUAAGCUUCAUCGUCGGAGUGACUAGUCCCUAACAAAGAUUUAGCAAGGUCGCGAUAUGUUCCGGUCAACAUACACUCUGUGGGGUCCAUUCAAUAUCCGUUAUAACAACUCCGGUUACUGUUUCAAUCUUGGAUAAGCCGGACCGCCUGGCUAUAUCCUGGAGAUCGUCGAGGACAUAUGCUG